AUGGCGUGCAGAGGCAGGGUGUGCUCGGCCGGACGGAGCCAGCUCCAGGACUCCUCGGACUCGGACUCGGAGGCGGAGGGGGAGCCCGCCCGGGCGGCCGGCUUCGGAGCGUCCGCCGGCGGCGGCCUCCCCCGCACGCAGGUCAUCCACAGCGGACACUUCAUGGUGUCGUCGCCCCACAGCGACUCGCUGCCGCGCAGGAGGAAGAGCGGCGGCUCGCUCAGAUAUGACUUUGACACGGUGAACAGGACGUGGUGCCAGACCUACCGCUACGGCCCCCUCAGCUCCGGGAGCCUGAGCAUCGACCCCACUCUGACCCGCCUGUUUGACUGCAUGUCCCUGGCCUACAGCGGUCAGAUAGUCUCUCCCAAGUGGAAGUCUUUUAAGGGUCUGCGGUUGCUGUGGAGAGAUAAGAUCCGUCUGAACAACGCGAUCUGGAGAGCUUGGUUCAUUCAGUACGUGGAGAAGAGGAAGAACCCGGUUUGUGGGUUUGUCUCACCGCUGGAGGGCUCGGAGGCCGAUUCACAUCGAAAGCCUGAAGCGAUCGUAUUAGAGGGCAGCUACUGGAAGCGGAGGAUUGAGGUGGUGAUCAAGGAGUAUCACAAGUGGAGGAUUUACUAUAAGAAGAGGCUCCAGAAGAAGAAGGAUGAUAUUCUCUCAAUGCUACAGGAGGGUCAGAUCUGUCAAGGCAAGCUGGAGAAAUGGUCCAAUCAAAUGUACCAGGAGCCUAAAGCUGCGCCGGUGGAGGCCCACAUGUUUGACCUGGACUGCCUUCUGUCCGACAUCUCCGACACCUUGUUCACAAUGACACAAAAGCCAUGUCCCUGGGCCAGUGACCGACACGACACGUACACAAGCAAUGCUGAUAUAAUCCAGCCAGGCCUGACUCCACUGCAGCCCAACCUGGAUGACUUCAUAGAUAUACCAGAUAUCUUUAUGAACUACCGCGGCCAGCCCACCGAGCAGACUGGUUUUGCUGACUGUAGCUAUUUUGAGAGCUCAUCCAGCACAGAGUUUGCUCCAGCUCCCUCCCCUGUGGUAACCGCUUCCCAGCUCCUUAUCGACACCCAGCUGGCUCAGCCCAAUCUGUCAUCUGACAACUCGCCUCAGCCCUCCUCAUCCGGUACCCAGCCAAACCAAACCAGGCCGGACCAGGGAUGCGGUGAAUACCACACAGCCAUGCCAUAUGGACACCAGUCAUACCCUGAUCCGCCUGUCUCUAUAGCAUAUAACACCAGCAUCGAGCAGCCAGCCUCUUCAAGUGUUCCUUUUUUGUACCCACUGCCAUGUCACAAGUUUGGUUACUACACAGCAACCAGCGUGACCCCCACUGUCAUCACUCACACCGCCUCCACCAUGGGGGCCCAGGGCUCUGUGCACCAGGCUCAUGGCUACCCUCACACAGGGGACACAUACCCCGAGGCUCCCUGCCGCUCUCUCAGUUUCAUGGCUGCCGUGUCCGACCCGGUCCACACGGCACUGCCCUCUGUCACUGCGGCCCACUGCUUCUCGGUCCCGGAGCAGGUGGCUGUUACGGGGGUCAGAGGGAAGCACAAGCAAAAGACAGGAGGAGUGAGGACAGCUGGCCCCUCCGUGGCUCCCUCCGGCCUCGCGUCCACUGCACCCACACCCACUAGCUGCCUGGCUAAGCUGCUCUCCUCCGGCCCCCGGGAACGGAAGCCAUCGCUAAGAUUUGAUACGACUCUAGUGACAGCCAAAGGUCAGAGGUCAUCGUCUCCCAGCUCCUUGUUGAGCAGCAGCACACAUGUUGGAGGAGCUUCAUCGCAGCUGCAGCAUGGAGCUGGCUGGCCUGCAGGGAUCCCAGUGUUGACACCUCUGCACAGCCAGAGUGCCACCCUGGGCCACAGUGGACCCCACGCCAGCACCUCCAGAGGCUCGGCCGUGUCUGCCCUGCUCACCCACGGCUCCACACACACCGGCACAACCCUCCUCAUCCCCAAGACUGAGAAGCUGUCUCCUGUCCAGCUCUACGGCGCAGACAGGAGCAGCUUAACAGUUAAUUUUCCAGGACAUCCAGGCCAAAUGUCACCACCAAACCCUUUAGAUAAAGCCUCGACCAAUGAGUCCUCACUCUCAGCCUUCUCAGGACACGGAAAGAUAGAAUCAAGUAAGCAAACAGAGACCAGGAGGAUAACUCACAUCUCCGCAGAGCAGAAGAGGCGUUUCAACAUCAAACUGGGUUUUGACACUUUACAUAAUCUUGUGACAACACUCAGCUCUCAGCCAAGCAUAAAGAUCAGCAAAGCCACCACGCUGCAGAAGACGGCUGAGUACAUCAGUAAGAUGCAGCAGGAGAGAGCGCAGCUGCACGAGGAGGCUCAGAGACUCAGAGAGGAGAUCCAGCUCCUGAACUCUGCCAUCAAUGCGUGCCAGCAGCAGCUACCAGCCACUGGUGUGCCCAUCACACGGCAGCGCUUUGACCACAUGAGGCAGAAGUUCAGAGAGUACGUCCAGGCACAGACACUGCAGAACUGGAAGUUCUGGAUCUUCAGUAUCAUCAUUGAGCCGCUGUUUGAGUCCUAUAAUGGGAUGGUGUCCACUGCAAGUGUGGAGGACUUGUGUCAGUCCACUCUGUCUUGGCUGGACCAACACUGUUCCCUGCCUGCCCUAAGACCCAUGGUUCUGAGUUCACUCCGUCUCCUGAGUACCACCACGGCCAUCCUGACAGACCCCGGCCUACUGCCGGAGCAGGCCACCCUCGCUGUCACCCAGGGAAUCCCCGCCGCUGCCUUGGACCACUCCUUACAGCCCCCCACUCAGGACAAUAUACACCCCAUGUGACCGUGAAGAGCAGACUCAGUGGAAGCUUAACUGGAAUCCACCACAGUGCAUAGGAGACCACAAGUCAGAGCAUGUGGGAUCAUUAAAAAAGAGUCAACACUCAGCUCUGAGACUUUUAAAAAUGCAUAAUCACAUUCCAAUAAAACUCACCAGCUGCAAAAAAGAAUGUAUUUCAGUCCACCCAAAAAUGACAGGAACUAUAUGUGAUCCAUGCUUGAAUUCUGAUGAAGGUACAACAUACUUGUAAUAUAAGCUUGUAAUUAUUUCUCAGCCUCAGAAUAAUUUUCUGUUUAAAUAA